AUUGGUGUUAAUGAGUGUGGGAGAGGAGCCGAGAUAGGAGACAUCUUCACACAAUGGGGCUGCGUAGUAAACAGUCCCUUCUGGUGACGUGUUGAAGGGACGUGGCCUUGCUUCCCUAUAAACAACUGUAUGAUUUAGACUCCCACUGCCUCAUCCAAGUCGCAUACAACCUCCUCACGCUUCAAAUGGAGUCCUCCUAUAACUCCAGGUGUCCAGCUGUGAAGAGACUUUUCCGUGAAGCCAAGGAGCUGCGAGAGGCGACAGAGGAAUAUUAUGCACAGCCUCUCGAGGACAACCUCUUUGAGUGGCACUUCACUGUCCGAGGACCGGCCGACUCAGAGUUUGAUGGUGGUGUGUACCAUGGCAGGAUCAUCAUGCCCCCAGACUACCCCAUGAAGCCUCCCAACAUCAUCUUUUUGACACCAAAUGGACGCUUUGAGACCAACAAAAAAAUCUGCCUCAGCAUUUCUGGCCACCACCCGGAGACAUGGCAGCCAUCCUGGAGCAUCCGCACAGCACUCCUGGCCAUCAUUGGCUUCAUGCCCACCCCGGCCAAUGGUACCAUAGGUUCCCUUGACUACACGGCUGCAGAGAGGGCGGUGCUGGCUAAGAGGUCCCAGGAGUACCAGUGUCCCCAGUGCGGCAGUGUGUCGGCACAGCUGCGGGAGCGGACCAGUGACAACCGGGAGCUGCAGGCUGAGGCAAGGGAAGUGAUGGGGAAGGUAGCAGUCUCAGUGAAGAUGGAGAGCAAGGAUGAAGCAAACAGCAGCAGCAGCAUCAAAAGUGACAACACCACCCCACCUCCCUCACCCUCCAGCAAUGACUCAGGCACACCUCCACCUGGCCAGCCCACCCCUGACUCCCCAGCUCACCAACACGCUGCAGUAGAAGAGUUGUCCAGUGAUGCGGCCAGCCCCAGCAGCUCCACCCAGGCCACUGAGAAUGAGGAGGCAUCACCAGAGAUACUGAUGGAGGGUGUCCCAACACGUACCACCAGGGCAAACUCUGUCUCCUCAAUAGCGGUGUCUGGCCAGGGUUACCUCUACAACUUUGUCUUGACAUCAGCAAUCUUCCUCUUCAUUGCGCUCGUCAUACGGAGAAUCUUCCUCCUUGAAGGGGAGACGCCGGAGGAGUUUGAUGACAUUCUCCUCUGAUGCCUGUGUGUGGACACCUGCAGAGUACUUGUGGUAUGUUUGCUGUUGUGUUGAUGUCCCACCUCCACACCAUGGCCUCGGCACUGUGAUGUCCUGGCAUCCUCCAUGGAACAAGAAUGCAGUCCCAAGCAACACUAGGGUAUUUAUUUCAUCAGGGCAUGCUUAUUCAGGUCCUAAGGUUGUGGUGCCAGAAAAGUAACAUUGUAACUCAUUACUCUUAAACCCAUUCUGCUUCUGUUCCAAGCAAUCAGUUUUAGGUUCUCAUCUUCUCUUUAUACUCGCCCACAGUGCUGAGUCAUUGGGUUGCACUAAGGUGGUAUGAGAGUGUGUGGCCUGUGAUGAUGUGUCUUGUGAGUGAAGGGCAGCAUGGUGUGAGUGUCUGUGCUCUCUGUUGUCUCAUCCGUGUGUGGAAGAUAUUUUUUUUCUCGCUUUCUCUUUCUCAGUGAAAGUACUUGGUUUUUCCUUAUAUAAAUUUACUGUGACCAAGUAAUAUAAACCAUGUUAAAAACAAUUUAGAAAAUAGUUAUGCAUAUAUACACAUAAUAAACUAAAGGAAACAAGAUGGAAGUCUAAAAAAAGAAAAUAAAAUCAGAAAAUAAAGAGAGUCAUUGGUGUUUGUAUUGUGCUUCAUAUUUAGUUAGUAGCUUCUUUCCAAGGGGGAUCAAGAAUAAUGCAAGUGUUAUUCUUAUAUUAAUAGUUGUUUUGUUGAUUUAUGUAUGCCAUGGAUGAGUGUUGCCAUGCUGUAUGGCGGUGGUGGUGGGCCCCGGGUGUGUGGAAGCUGGUGGUGGACACUUUAAAACUGUAGUGCUAGUCGACAGCAUAUAAAGGAACUGUUCAUGUUUGGAUCGUUAUUUAAUGGUGUAGGAGAUAUUAUGCUUCUUUUCAGUGGAACGAUCACAGUAAAACUUUGCUAAGUAUGUAGAAGGUGGGAACAGGAGAACAUAUUAUCCAUAAAUCUAGUGUGGCCAUGUGGGCUCUUUUACACUGACUCAUAUAGACAUGGACGCAUGGGCUCAUUAACACACUGAGUAAAGAUACACACACAUGCAUGAAAGCCCUCAAAAGAGAAUGUCCCAAUGUGAGUUAAUUCCAUCCCAGAGAUCUAAAAUAAUGAUACUUUGUUUCCUUGCAGACGAUUAGCAUCCUCCCGUCACAAUGUCUAAAUCUCAAAACAAUGAGAGAGACCAAUGACUAGGGUUGACAGGCCACUACUCACACUGCACCCUUUUCCUUCACCUUCCCUCUCAACUGGAAACUACUUAAUAGGAAGACGAUUGGCAAAAAGACUCACGAGAUAGCACUAAGAAGUGAGCAAAGGUGUCUACAAUGAGAUGGAAGACAUGGUCGGAUGAGAGAGGAAUUAUUAACAAUUAUUAUAAAGGGAACACUUGUACUACUACUGGUGAUCUAAACCUUAGUAAUGGUUGUCUGGGCAAAUGAAGAUCUAGGCAUUGAGAUUAAAAUUAUUCAAACACCUUGAGGUAACUUUUUUAAAAUUUAGGUUUUUAUUUGAAGUGGGUGGAAUGAUGAUGUGUCAGUCAUGUUGCCUUCACUCUUCUUGGUUGUGAUAUUGAAAGUAAGUGUUAGACUCUCACAGACUUCAAGUUAAAGACUACAAGAGGAUCAACAAACUGGAGGUGAACCCCAUCUAUCUUUCAGCCAAUCCAUCUAUUUCAUUAUACUGAAGCAUUUUGAUAUUUGUGUUGCAUGAUUUGUUUUGGACUUCAUGUAUUCAUCUAGUCACUGUAUUUGUCAUGUCAAGGCCAAGUUGUCUUCUAAGUGCCAUACUAGCUUUGGAUAGAGUGUAAUGCUAAAUUGAUGUUUAUUUAGCAAAUCUGCUGCUGCUGGCGUCACUUCCUGGUGGCAGGCCGGGCUUGAGGCAGACAGGUUUCUCCAGCUGGUGAGGUGUCUUGUUUUCUGUUCCUUUUUUUGCAACUGGCACAUAUUUAUUUUGCUUAUGUACUUGUCCAUUUCAGUAGACUUCCAUGCAGCACACAACAACAGUGUCUUUAGUAGCAAUACCUGAGGCUGUAGAUUUUAUGAAGGGCAUGACAAGUGAUGUUUUUUUUGGACAUUAGGGAGAACAUUGGCAUUUUUACCAGCAAAAUUUCUUCCAUCAAUGCAGAGUUUGUUGGAUGAACUGUAUACCUUCAAACAGACACCAUGGAGAGUGAGGGAGCUUUCAUGUUCUAGGUUGCCACUGGGGAUUUGUGGCAGUAGUCAGGGAGAUGAUUUGUGUGGUGGGAGGCUGGUGGGAAGACACUGCUGGGAACCACUGCUGGGAACCACUUAGUCCCCACAAAUCUAUCACUAUUCUUAUCACUGUUCUGUCUCAGGUUGUCUGGCCAUGGAUGUGUUACCUGACAGCCUUACAGAAUACCCCUCCUUCCUUGAAUUGUCACCUCUGUGUAUCUUUGCUCACUGUCUCAUCAUAGUCUUGUUGAAUAAUAAUAAAACAACAAUGCCAU